UUCAAAAUAAGAACAGUUAAUCAUUGAGAUGUUUUGAGAAAUGUCGUCAAAAAUACAGCCUCACAGAAACAAGACAGUUUCCCAGUAUCCUUUGAAUUGGUUUAAUUUAUAAUCACAUGGUGUGCCGUGUCAUAUGACAUAGAGACACACACGCUCAUUUUUUACUCACUUUCCCGGGGUGAUAAGUUGAAACGAAGCUUGGAUUUAUUGCUGUUGUCUUAUUCACAAUUAAACAUCUCACUCAAAAUGAAGAGCUAUCAUCUGCUACGGUGUCCAGCUUUAACCGCUGCUUGCUUGUUCGGAGUAGUGCUCAGUCAGACCACCAUCGGCCCCUCGGUUACUAACACUGCAGACCCCGGUGACUCUUCAUUGAUCGUGGUCCUUCCUCCUGCCUGCGGCGCAGUGAACACAUCUUCCUGUGCGGCAUGCGCCCCAGGAACCCGCUACAGCAAUGACACUCUGAACUGUUCUUGCUGUCCAGCCUCUGGCCUGUGUGUCUCUCAGGGAGACUGUCUGCCCUGCCCCCGCGGGCUCUACCAGCCUGUAGCAGCCCAGGAGCUCUGUCUCCCCUGUGCACAGGGCUUCUACACAAAUUCAACAGGAAGUCUGGUGUGUCAGCCCUGUCCACCAGGGUCUUCCACAAACGCCACUGGGACCGCUGUGUGCAAAGGGUGUGCACCGGGUUAUUACGCAUCUCAGCAAAAUGCGACCUCGUGUGAGCCUUGCCCAAAGGAGACAUUCUGCAACACUUCAAGCUGUGCAAGGUGCCAGGGCUGUCCUCUCGGAAAGGAGUCUCUGCAGAUUGCCUCUAAAGAGUGUACACCAUGCCGGCCAGGUAUGCACAGGAGUCCUGAGGAGAGCAUGUGCCGGAUCUGCAGUGUUGGCUAUUACCAGAUCAAGUGGGGGCAGGAGAGGUGUGAGAUCUGCCCAGAGGAACACUACUGCCCUAGCCCUGACGUGAAUCCGAUCAAGUGUCCGAAUGAUGCCUUCUGUCCCGAGGGCAGCACCUCGCCUGGAUACUGCAUGGAGACCUUCUUCAGGAAGUCUGGAGAGACGUGUGAGCUGGCGCCCAUUUCCAUCGCUCUGCUAGUCAUCGCAGCCGGGAUGGCGCUCCUGUGCGUGAUCCUGCUGAUCCUGUGGCGGAGGAAGGAGUCUGACGCUGAGCUGCCCAUGUCGCGGGCCCUUCUGCUGCGUAAGGACCGGCCACUGGGCCGGGUGUAUGGCGUGGCCUGGGACACUGAGCCUAUCUACGCGGGCUGGUAGAAUAUGAAGCGCGUUCUCCAAUCUCCAGAGUGUUUUUUAUAUAAAAUACAGAACAGUUAAUAUCUCUUCCAAAUGCCUGAAACAAACUGAGACCCACCACGACCCGUGAGGUUUUCUUUGCAAUAAGAGAACUGCAGACUGUAACAACACUUGCUGUUCUGUGAGUGGCUGCAAUCUGAACUUACCCUCACCUUGUACUGGUUUUUCUUUCUUCUUUUUUUUUUUUUCUUACUGUGACUGCACUGAAAUGCCACUCAAGUCUUAGUCGGGUCAGUUCUGAACAUCUUAUUUUGAGUGUUAUUUUUUCUAAUGUGGAAGUAAUUUUAAACAAGUUGUUUUUUUUCCAAAGUUCCCGAUUUAAAAGUGCUUGCCUCUGUUUUGUAUUUUAUUUAUUGUUUACAUGUAAGACUCUAAGCUAAGGCUGUUUGCUUGAGUGUUUGAACAGCUGAUAACAUAUUUUGUGCUUGACUUUAGACAUGCCAUGCCUGUUUAUUUCCAGCAAUGUAGAUGUAACACAUAUGUAAAUCUAUAAAAAAUACAUUAGCUUUUUCUAAUCCAUGGAUGCUCUGUUCAGAAGUCAUUAAAACAC